AUGGGCUCCGACGACUACAAAGCCAUCGGCGGCGGCGGCGCGCUCAAGCUGAAAGGCGCCAAAGUCAGCAAGAAGAAGAAGAAGGUCGCCAAAUCAGACCUGGAAAAGAACCUGUCCGGCGGCGGCGACGACAACGCAGUAGCGCUCGUCAAAAAGAACCAAGACGAUGAAGACGUCCCCAAAGCGAAACGCGACAAGCAAAAGGGCUCCCGGGACGAGGACGAGGAAGAGAGGGAGGAUGAGGAUGAGCCGGUUGCGGUAAAGACGGAAUCAGAGCGACGGCACGAAGAAGCGAGGAAGAAGAGGCUUCUUCAGAGCGCGCAAUCGUCCGGAUCCAGACCCGAGUUGCUAAAGACACACAAAGAGCGAGUCGAAGAACUGAAUACAUAUUUGUCCCGGCUGAGCGAGCAUCACGACAUGCCAAAGAUUGGACCGGGCUAA